GAGCAUUAACAUACUCAUAAAAUAAGUGCCGCCCUCGCGAUGAGUGGUCAAAGACACCUGAGACAUUAGUAUUCACACAACGAGGAAGACCACCUGGCGACGCACCUAGAACUCGUCGUAUUGAUCGCCUGUCUCCGUUUUUUGGCUGAAGAAACUUUUUCCUUUUAUAUUAAUUUGAUUUCAUGAGCUGAGCAAGAUGUUCGUCGUUAGACUUAUUCUCUUCUUAUGUCUUGCAGUGGCCGUUUUCGGACAGACACGAACUACUGCGGCUCCCACGUCUACUGCGGCUCCCCUGUCUACAGAGGCUCCCCAGUCAACAGAGGCUCCCCAGUCAACAGAGGCUCCCCAGUCUACUGCGGCUCCCUCGUCUACAGAGGCUCCCCAGUCAACAGAGGCUCCCCAGUCAACAGAGGCUCCCCAGUCAACAGAGGCUCCCCAGUCAACAGAGGCUCCCCAGUCUACUGCGGCUCCCUCGUCUACUGCGGCUCCCCCGUCUACUACGGCUCCUCCAUCUACUGCGACUCCUCCGUCUACUGCGGCUCCCCCGUCUACUGCGGCUCCCCCGUCUACUCCCCCGUCUACUCCCCCGUCUACUGCAGCUCCUACGUCUACUGAAGCUCCCCCGUCUACUGCGGCACCAACACCGCAGGCCACUACAACACCAUCAAAAUCAGAUCCCUGUGUCCCAAACCCAUGCAAAGGUGGCAGCAGCUGUCAGCCAGGCUAUGACUCCCACUUCACCUGUCUCUGUCUGGCUGGCCAAAUAUACUCUGAGGCUAGAGGGCGAUGUGAGGAAGCCAAGGUCUUCCCAGGAUCUCUGACCCUGCCUGGUAUGGCCUUCAAUGAAGACAUGACCAAACCACAAUCAGAAAGUUUCAACAACACAGCUGACAUUUUAAUUAAUAUGAUGGGGGAUGUUUUACGGAGUCAACUUGGCUACAUUGAUUCCACAGUGCUGAAUUUCAGCAAAAUGGCUACGGGUCCGGCUCGUACCUUCUGGUCACUUAAGUCAGGUGGCGUCAACGUGGCCAUGGAGAACAAUUUUAAACUCGACUCCAGCACCACAGAAGCCAUCAUCAAGGAAAAGAUACAGGAUGCUAUUAAAGCCUGUGACAAACCGCUUGCCCGUUGUUUAAAUAACCUACUUGGAAAUGCAGUAUACAAAGAAACCGAUCUGUGUGAUUCGUAUCGGAAACCUUGUGAUGACACGUCAACUACUUGUACUUCUGAGAGUGGUAUACCUAAAUGUAGUUGUCAGAACAAUUACGUGAAAUCGGAAUACUCUAUCAGAACAUGCAAAGCUUGUGAAAGUGGGAAGAAAGCAGAGGGCGGUGUGUGUAAUGAUUGUUCAUUUGGUUAUUCGGGUUUAAACUGCAAUGAAUCAUGGAAGUUGAUGCUGGUGAUUGUCGGCACUGUUCUUGGUGCACUGCUACUCAUCACACUAAUCAUGCUGCCAGUAGUUGCACGCAAGACGUCCAAGAAGAGCUCCUCCAAGAAGUCCUCCAAGAACGCUGAGUUUCCUACCUACACCAGCCCCUAUAACGCCAAGGACUUCAGGGCAUCGGCUUUAACCAAUGGGGGGGUGACCAAUGUCAGUUCAGGUUUUGUGGGUGUACCCAAGAUCCCCCGGGCCAUGCCCAACAACAACAGCUUGGACCGUGGCAGCAACCUGGAGAUGACGGAGAGCGGUAGCAGACAGGCACUGGUGACCAGGGGAGACAAAGGAGGGAUAUCCGGCUACCAGAACCCUGAUGACACAAGGAGCUUCAACAACAGGAACCCCUACCAGAGCGGAGGUCAAGGCAACAACCCCUACCAGAGCGGAGGUCAGGGCAACAACCCCUACCAGAGCGGAGGUCAAGGCAACAACCCCUACCAGAGCGGAGGUCAGGGCAACAACCCCUACCAGAGCGGAGGUCAAGGCAACAACCCCUACCAGAGCGGAGGUCAGGGCAACAACCCCUACCAGAGCGGAGGUCAGGGCAACAACCCCUACCAGAGCCGAGGCUAGGACAACCCUUACUUUACACACGACAAUGGAAGAAGAAACUGAAGACCCACUGGAACAGUCAACUAAGGAAACCAUUUUCUUCACAACACAAAUGCUUAGAAAUCAGAAAGCAAUAACAAUGUCUUUUUAAAUAGUCCAACUUGUGAUUCUUCCCUAUGUUCUACUCAACUUUUAUGCACUGUGUAUCAAUCUUUUUUUUUGUACAAUAGAUGAUAGUUGAGUUGCAGUGUCCAUUCUGUCCAAGAGUGGGCGGUGUAUCCAAGCUCCUGAAAUUGAUGUAGCCAAAAGGCAACUAAUGUAUUGUCGCUCAGUUUUUCUUAUGUUUUUAAGUAUCAGUUAAUCCAUUCUCAUGUCCUGAUUAUAUUAUAUAACUAUAAUUAAUGUAUUUUCUAAUAUCAAUCCAAUACUGUAUUCAUGUGUGAUACAUGACGGCCUAAUCUGCGACUCAUGCAAAUCUUACAUUAACAUCAAUGCAACAAUGCAAGAUGUUAUAACAUGAAAGGCCCAAGUUUCGCGUGCUAAAUCAUCAUUACAUUAUGAUUGCAUGGGUCUGUCAUUUUAAAUGUUUCUUGUUAAUUUAUUUGAAUAUGGACGAACCCAGUUAAAUUGAUGUUAAGGAAAUUUAUUGGUGUGGUUCGCCAUUAUCUAUUUGAUCUCUUGUACAUCUAGAUCAGGGUUUAGAAAUAGCAAAUAAUGCCUUUUAUCCUUAAUGUGCCAUCUUAAUACAUAUUGUAUAUGUAAUAUAAAUAUAGUCAAAUAUAAAUAAACAGAAUGUGUGUAAAAUUGUUCAAUGAUACACACAGUUCAGUAUGAUGACUUUUACACAAUACAUUUUGUAAAUGAGACUGGCUUCUCGAUGUUGGAAUAAAGAAAAGGAACAUAAAUCCAUUUUGAUUGUACAA